GCCAGCGUGGUUCGACAACAUUCACCCUCUCUUGCACACAUCGGUGACCCUGUCUUACUGUCGAACUUCACACUCACCACGCCUUCUUCUCAGUUGGUGCACUAUAUUGUCCUGACCACUUUCCUCAUCCCCUCGCACUCACUGGUCUUGUGUCACGAAUUCUCUCGUGGACAGAUCUUUGUAGCGUAGGAUCACCAAUCAUACCCGUCCUUGAGCUUGGCAGCCAAGAUUCCACCUUCCUAUCAACUCAUCGUUAUAACUAUGAUGAGUGUAGUCUCAGCUCCGUCAGCGGCCCAUGGGUCUGUACGGCGCAAGCCUCAGUUUACAUACCCAUCACCUACUGCCCAUGUCACCUCAUUACGCAUCGAGGUCUCCGCCACCGUGACCUCCACAGGGAAGCUCUCCUCUCGGCAAGUACGUCCGAACGUGGCCAAGGUAUCUUCCUCCUCCACCAGCCCAGCAUCUGCCGCUUCUACAUCUACGCCUCUCAAUGACAAACUCGAGAAGCGAAACAAGACGCUUAUGGGUCCACCUCUCCCCCUUUAUCAUCCCCUUGGUCGACUCGCGACUUCUUUGCCGGAUUUGGAUCCAACCGCGUUCGGGUUGCCUGUUCAUCCGAAUAUGAGCGAUGACCCAUCGCGUCGCUUCCCUAGUCAUUCGCGUCGACCAGCUUCAAGGCUUCGCGACGUAGCUGAGGACGAGGGUUCCUCUCAGGUUGUCGACGCGGUGCCAGUGGAGUCCUUUGAACUGAAAGACAAGCCCAGUCCUCGCAAGAGGCGCGCUGCCGGCGGUGCUGCUGCGAAGCGAAAGCGCAAAGACGUAGACGACGGCGAUGCGACGUAUCCUGCAAAGCGUUCUCGCAAUCCUCGCGCGGCCGCGAGUGCCCAUGCCAAUCAAACCCCGGUGUCCGAGGCAUCUCCGCCUAAUUCCGCCAAUCGUCCAGCCUCACCCCCUGACGACGACGCGGACGGCGCGGACGGCGCGGACGAUAAUAAAAAACCGGAACGGAGAACCACCAGAUCACGUGCCAACCUCGCGCGCCGAGAUUCCGUCGGGAGCGACGCGACCGUCACAUCCGCCUCGGUCUCAAUUGCUGCCACAACCACUCUACUCGACUAUGGGAUUGACGGAAGCCAGCCACCUACCUCGAGCCUUGCAGAAGGUGACGCAGGUAUCGACGAUACUGCGAAAUCGAUUGCCCAAUCUACGGGUGACAUCACCACGAAGGAAUAGCCUCUUCUGUAUCCCCUUCGGCAGCGGCAUCACCUCAAAUGUAUCCUUGUAUUAUUUCUAGUACCCGCUUCCGGCUCCCUUUUUGUAGUGUUUCGCUCCUGUCUAUAUCACGAUAUCCCCCUCACCGUCAGCACUAUGUAUCCUCUACGACAUUGAUCAACUGCCGUUCAGUAACUUAUAACUAUGCAGUUCGUAUUUAUUCUUGGCUUGGAUACGCACUACCUUGGUUGGCUGCAAUGAAAGAGAAGUUCA